CUAAUAAGCAGCGAAAGACGCUGGAUCGAUGCUCGUCCGAUAACGAAGACGAUGGAGCCAAAGGCCGCCGAUCAGCCGCGCACUCUGGACGGGGCCGAACGCGCAGGCGUAAACGGCCCCUCCGUCGCCAAAGAGCCCCUCCUCUCGCAGACUGAACUUGGUUGCCACACAUUUUCAAAAAAGCGCCCCUACUUCAGCGGCGCCAGCCUCUCGGCAGACCCUGACUCUGCCUCUACGUUUUCUGAAGUCCUGGCUCGUCGAAAGGUCGCCAAGAGCUCUUCCGGCGGCCCCGCGUUGCCGCCUCCCUCGGCGCACAAGAUCGCUCGCAAAGAAAAAACCACCGAGUUCGUCGUACCCUUUUUGGAGAAAGACGUUGCCGCUUUGAGCACCUCGGACGCCGAAUUAGAGAAUUUUUCGGGAAUACAGUUGAAGUCAAGAUGCCUGUCUUCUGGACACGUGGAGCUGUGCAUGCAAGGUAGAAAGCUCGUUUGCUUGGACAAAUUUCGGGAUGUUUCGAAACUUCGCGCUUGCAAAGAUUUGUUCGACGGUACAGACCAAGUCGUCAUAGCGGUGUUGGGGCUCUGCCUAGACGCCGACUCGGCGCCUUGGGGCCAAAGGCAGUAUCGGUUAUGGCAAUUGGGAGACCUUAAAAACAACUCUAUUGGCCUCAUUUUGCAAGAGUCGGCGCUCGAGACGCACGGAAAUUUGUCGUUGGGCCACGUGGUGGCUGUUCUGAACCCAGACAUGGUCCUGUCCGCGGACGGAGACAGCUUGGCGCUCGUGGCGAAGUCUUCCGCCCAACUGGCGCUUCUGGGAACCGCUUGGGGCUCUGGUUUUUGCAGUUCGCGAAGCAAGGACGGGAGGACGUGCACGAGCCUGGUGAACACGCUCGAGACGACCAAGUGCGACUACCAUCUGCUCAAGGCGCUCAAGAAGGUGUGCACCAAGCGGAUGGCGCUGAACAACGCCGGCGGGGAAGGACUGGCUAAGCAGCAGCGCAGGGAGAUGCUGAAAAAAGCGCGGUACCACGCAACUCGUGGUUUGUUUGUGCUGGACCACGUCGUGUGGAAAAUAAGCCUGGACGAAUUUUCAGCGGUAGGACCAGAAAAAGUGGAAGCUGAACAAAUGAUGAAGAAUAUAGAAAAACUAUCUAAAAGGCCGAGUAUUGGUGUUCGGAAUUUCAAGUUUACAGCACCUGGCGCAGUUGGUGGUUCGUUGUUUUUUUUUUUUUCUUACCUGUUUUGUCUGCGUGGACUUAUCCAAAAUUCCCAUAAAGCAUUUGUGGAAGACCAGCUCAAGAAAAAGAAGAUCAGUCGGAGCGUCCCUGCGAGCAAGAGGCCAACCUUACAUCCAAAUUCUAGCUUUCUUUGCACGCCUGGCGAAGGUGAUAGUCCUAGCUCGCAGCCCGCAUUGUCGGAUGUCACGGACGAGACAGCCCCGCCUUCAUGGAGUGAGAGAUUCAGGUUAGGUUCCGUUGAUUCAGAGCUAGACGUUGAGUUAGAGCUUUCCGGCUAGAUCUUCUUUCUUUGUACGAGGCGGCUGCGUGCUUUGUCGCGUUUUUGCGAAGUUGAUUGUUAGAAUUGUGGGGUUGCUGGCCUGUCCUCUCCAUGCGCGCGCGGCGCAGUCUCAGCCGGCUCUCUCUCUGCGCAUAAAAAAAGGUCCCGUCCCGACAUCGAGAAUUUAUGUCGGUGGCUUCUUCGGAGCA